UAUGUGCAUGGAAGAUGCCCUUAACCCAGCGGCAUAUAUGUAUAUGUGAUCACUAGCUACCCUUCCAUCACCUCAUUCAGCAGAUGAGAUGCUUGGUAGCGAAACGUCUAGUCUCCUCCAUGGCCCCGUGGCGUUCAAGGACGCCGACGACGGCACCAUCCCAGUGCACCCUCCCGCCGCCGUCGCGUCCCUCCCGACGAACCAGAACCAUGCUAGCAACAGCAAGCUGAAGCGGCGCUGCUACCAGGGCGUGUGGGUGCGAGAGGAGUGGGCACCAGGCAUCAUGGCCAUGCAGCGCAGCUUCGCGGCGCGCCCCGGCGACGUGGUUCUUGCGAGCGUUCCCAAGAGCGGCACCACGUGGCUCAAGGCCUUGACGUUCGCCACGAUGGCCCGCGCCGCGUGCCCGCCGGCUAGCCCCGCCCACCCGCUCCGCCGCCUCAACCCACACGACUGCGUGCCUCUCGUGGACAGGCUCUUCGCCGUCGGCCGCGACGCUGUGCUGGACGCGCUGCCCUCGCCGAGGCUCAUGUGCACGCACAUGCCGCUGUCGGUGCUGCCGCCGUCCAUCUCCGGAGGACCCCACUGCAAAAUCGUCUACAUUUGCAGGGAUCCAAAGGACAUGGUGGUAUCGUUGUGGCACUUCGUCAAUCGUGCUCAACCUGACAUAUCGCUCCAAGAGAUGUUCGAGACUGUCUGUGAGGGCACAAGUAACGGCGGGCCAUUUUGGGAUCACAUCCUCGGAUACUGGAGGGCAAGCAAUGCAGAGCCAAGCAGAGUGCUUUUCCUGACCUACGAGCAGAUGCUUCAGGAUCCGCUCGACAAAGUCAGGAAGCUAGCUCAGUUCCUUGGGAGGCCAUUCUCUGACACAGAGGAGGAGGCCGGUGUCGUUGCAGAGAUUGUUCAGCUCUGCAGCUUGGAGAAUCUGAAAAAUUUAGAGGCGAACAAGAAAGGCUCCCAAGGAGUGUUCUUCAAGUUCUCGCAUGACUCCUAUUUCAGGAAUGGGGUGGUGGGAGACUGGGUGAACCACUUGACACCUGAGAUGGCUAAACGUCUGGAUGCGAUAUGCAAGGAGAAGUUUCGUGGGUCAGGCUUCACUUUCUAGUGAUGCUAGUUACACUGGCGGAGCUUGACUGCAAUGUCAGGGGGGGCAGAAGCAAAGUAUACAUGUUUAUAGGGGCUGAUGAGAAUACUUUGUUCUAAUUAUGCCACCCUAAAAGAAAUUCUUCAGGAAUUUGUGUUGGGCUGGGGGGGGGGGGGGGGGGGGGGCACAGCCCCCUCAGCUAUACACAUAGCUCCGCCACUGGCUAGUUAGUCUUCUCUUCUGCAAUGGCGUUGUUCCCGAUGUUAUGUUUUUUUUAUGUUGAUUGUGCUAUGAAUAAAUUGUUCUCUGCACUAUUGUAGUCUUUCAUAUCGUACUGCUAUUCCAAACAACCCAGAUCUUAAAUCAUAAUAUAUGCAUUGCAGUUGUGAUUUA